AUGCAUUUGUCCUUCAUGAAAAUUUCCGUGACUCAAAAUUAUCAAAUCACCUUAGCACUGCUUUCAGUACUUCUGACGGGUCUAGGAGCGGAUUCUCCUAAUCUCAUUCCCCUUUGUGCUUUCAGGCUGAUCAAAGUCGACUACAGCUUUGAGUCAGAGUCAGUUCUGUAUGAUGUGGUGGAUAACAAAGUCAAAACACCAUCGACGUACGUGGCUGGUAAUUUCACAUUCGAAUCACUUCAUCAUGAUAUCGAAGGUGGAAUGUUGGGAAGAUACAGAUUAACAGUUUGUAAGACCGGUAAUUGUGGAAAUGUGCCGGACGUCUAUGUGUCCUUCGUGCAAGGUGGAAACAACAUUCAAGAAAAAGGAAUCAAACGUGCUUUCAGUGACAGUCGAUCUCAGUGGAAUUUCAUUUACGCUAUUAUCAACACCAUCUAUACACCAGCCGAAAAUGGGGAAGGUGAUGACCAGAACGUGGAUACCGUAUACGGUAAAUGUCAAGUGCAGUUUGGAAGGCCAGAAGACAAACGAUUUCGGAGAAAAAUCAACAACUGCAAGGUCAAAGGAGAUGUGAACUUUACCCGCAUAGAUGGAAUCCAACCGGUACACUAUGAACAGGACGUCUCGUAUUUGCAGAACACAAAAAUCGAUGCCGAUAUAGUGGUCAUCGAUGCAAUUGAAUUGCUCAGAUUUGGUGCACCAUUGCAUAAUAAAUGGGGAUUCACGCUUGAAAGCAGGACCCAUGUUGAAAUUACGAAUCGAACUAUGAACUAUGUUGCUCGACACUGUAAUUCACAGACACAAACAGCUGCAGUAUGUGCAAGCGAGAAAUUCGGGGCUGUAUCAGUUGGAAGGAAGCUCUAUGAGCAUCAUCCCACUGGUAGUGGCUCUUUUCAGCUGGCAGACUUGGUUGCCAAGUAUCGCAGCCACUUAUAUGAUAUGGGCGACUCUCAUACCUGCGAAGAGCACUCGAAGAUGUUCGCUGAGAUCGUCCAGGAAGGGAGACUGGCAAGUGAGCAAGACUGGAAAGCAGUGCUUAUGCACCCGGAGAACGAGCAUGUGCUUGGGAAUGUUCUUGGAGCCCUUGGAAAUUCACAAUCGCUUAAAAUCGCUCGUGAAGUAUUAUUGGUAGAAGGGCCAGAUUUCUUGGACGACUACCUGUUUGGUGCGGCUCAUACCACAAGCAACGACGAGAAAUGGCACAAACAACUUAUGUACUGGUUGAAAAGUGUGAAAGAGGAGGACGAGACGUACUGGAAGGUAGCCAACACCUUGGCUACGGUACUUCGGAAGCGUUGCGACAGGACGCCGAGCACUCGCAAUUCAUGCCACCUUGGCAAAGAAAGGGUAGAUCCAACUCAUACGGGCCAUUCAGAUAGUACUUCAGAACAUCCCGAUAUCGUCGCCCAUGUCGGGUUACAGUUUGGAUCGUUCGAAAUUGCUCGAGGAUUCCUAUGCACUCCCACUCAUAGUGCACCUGUGCAGAUGGCUGCCUUACAACUGAUCAAGGCGGCCAGUCCAACGCUGUACGAUAGCAAGUUAGCUAACGUACUCAUCAAGCUGUUCCGCAACGUUUGUCCACAACCAACGAGCACCGGCGAGUCGCAAUUGGCUGUUGAUAUCCUCGUCAGGUGUCUUCCUGAGCAGCAGCAUGUCGCUACUAUGCUUCUGCGAACAGAAACCCUUAAUCCGGAUGAUCAUGAGAAAUGGCAGUACUUCUACAAAGCUGUUGAAAGUAGCGGCCAUAGAGACGAGCUGAAGGACGAAGUGUGGCGUCAGAUGCGGAAGUUCAAAGUGUUCCGACCAAAUUAUGCCCAUCGUGCUUUGAAAGCCGACUCACAUGCACAUUGGCAUGAGAUUACUGAUAUCGAUGGAUACAGGUUGCACUCAACAUCAGAGGUAGAAUUCGAUUCCGGCGUAUUCCGGCGAUCAGAAUUCGAUAUCGGCCUGAAGCACGGUAAAGUAGACGAAAAUACUACCACUGAAUUACCUCUGCUUUCUGGACUUACCGUCGAUGUAUCAGCGAGUGGUGCACUUUCAAUCAAAGUGCUAACUUCAGCAUCAAUUUCAAUUCUUAGCCAAGAGACUCAAGCAGACCUCAGAACCAACAUUUCAAUGAGUCUCAUUUCACGGGCAACGUUGUUACAUCAUGGCGAGCCCGUACAUAAGCUCAAUUCUGACGUUUCCGUUCUCACUACGGUAGGAUCAGAGGCCGACGUUCGAUUCAGCGAAAUUCCAUUUGGUUUCUGCAUAACGAUCUCUAACUUGAAUUUUAGCUUCAAUUCUGUAAGUGAGGCACCAAAAAAGCCUCGAAAGAAGAUGACAGUCACUGCCACGAAGACUUACCCGGGUGUGACAUACAAACUCGACGACAACAUUACAAAACAGUGCAGUUUGCUCUUUAGAAAAGACAUGGAGCAAGCCUAA